AUGACAAGCAACGCUGCCGAAAGCUUCAACAAGGUGACAGAAGAAUUCAGAAAAUAUCCAGUAACUAUUUUGGUUGACUUCAUCAGGUUCACACUUCAAAAUUGGUUUGCUUCUCGUCUCGAAAAGGCUAGUAAGUGCGCUACUCCUUUGGCUACUACUUUUGAAAAUGAUUUAAAGGAUCAACACAAAGAUGGUAUGUUCAGGAGUGUCCUUCGUAAUGGUGCCCAAUUGUUCAACGUUGGUACGAGUCCUCAAGGUGAGAGAGGUGGUGAUGUGAACUUAGUGGAGAGAACAUGCACUUGCGGACUUUUCCAAAUGCUGAAAAUCCCUUGUCCACAUGCAUGUGCCGCAGCAGUUAGUCAGAAUGUGAGCGUGUACACACUUUGCUCUCCAUAUUACACUAAAGAAACGUGGAAGAAAACCUACGAUGCCACAAUUAAUAUUGUUGGCGAGGAGGAUGAGUGGGUACUACCGGAACAUAUCAAGAACAUAAGAAUCGGGGUACCAGUGGAGAAAAAACCAGUAGGUCGGCCUAGGAAGAGCAAUGCAGGUAGAAGACCGACGAAGCGUCGACCGUCUAGUGGUCAGGAUCCUGUUUUUGAGUUUGCUUUGGUUCUGUAUUUUUGGCGACAUUGUGCGAUUAUGCUGCGAUUUUUCUGCGAUGUGAAGUAA